AUGACAGCACUCGGAGAUGCUUUAUCUGGGCUGCGGAUUGAAGAUACCUUUGGCCCACCCACUGCUGCUCCAGUUGAUGCAUCUACAGACCAGCCUGAAACACUGACGCUGGAUCCCGUGUUCAACCUACCAUAUGGACGAGAUCCGGAUUUCGUGGAUGAUGGAGGACUCCUGCAUCAGCUCGACGAGUUAUCUUCCAGACCUGCGUCAAUGACCGUACUAGUCGGGCUCGGUGGUGUUGGGUACGUCCUGACCAGACCAGACAAUGAACAACCUAAGCUUAGCUCCUCCACCUACGCUCCGCUGCUAACAUUAACCAGAAAAUCUCACCUAGCCAUCGAACACGCCUACCGACUCCGCGAAAAAUCCCCAGAUACAUACAUAUUCUGGGUGCACGCUAGCACUAAAGACCGUUUCGAGCUUGGCUACCGAACUAUCGCCGAGCACCUCAAUCUCCCUGGUCACAACUUCCCCAAAUCAAACAUCUACCAUCUUGUUCGGAUUUGGCUUGAAAAUGAUAAAGAGAGGAAAUGGCUCCUCGUCAUUGAUGGUCUAGAUAACGAUGAUUUCUUCGCGAGAUGUCUUCCUGGAACUGCAUUACCGCUUUUUACGUUUCUUCCGAGGAGUGACUGUGGGUCUGUUAUUGUUACGACGAGGUGGAGGAGUGUUGCGGGGAGGUUUGUUGGGGAGAAGAGUGUUCUUGAGGUGGAUGCUAUGGAUGGGGGAUCUGCGGUUGCGCUUUUGAGGAAGAAGAAGAUGAUGAUGCUGGAGAGCGAGGGUGAGGGUGAGGAUGGAGAUGAGGAUGAGAUGGGAAGGCUUGUGGAAGCUCUUGAUUGCAUGCCGCUCGCUAUAGUGCAAGCCGGUUCCUAUCUCUCGCAGCGUGGAUGCGGUUACACUGUUCAGAAAUAUCUCGACGAAUAUUCGAAAAGUGAUGAUGAGCGACUCAAACUUCAGGAUUAUGAAGCUGGGUGUAUACACCGCCAGGACUUUGAAGCGAGGAAUUCGUGUGUGGUUGCGUGUGAAAUUGCUUUUGAUUGUAUCAGAGCAGUUAGACCAUCUGCUGCGGACUUGCUCGGCCUCAUGAGUUUUUUUGAUCGACAGGGUAUCCAGGGUUAUCUUCUGCGCGACUACUCUCAGUCGGACAGAGGUAGUGGAGCAAACCUAUCUGCGGAUCCGAGUGACGAACAGAAAUCUGGCUCGAGUGAUUCAGAUGGGGAGAAAAGGUUCCAAGACGACAUCGCUAUGUUGCGUACAUACUCGCUGGUCUGUAUGCAUGCAGAUGAAAGGACAUUCGAGAUGUACCGAUCAGUUCAAUUGGCUGUACACCAGUGGCUCAAAUCCCACCACAUCUACGAGAAGUGGAAAGAGAAAUUCAUCAUUCACCUAAACACUCACUUUCCCAGCGAUUUCGCCAACAUGACCCCACGCCGAGAAGAUUGCCAAUCAAUGUACCCACACGUGAAACUCGCACUGUACCAAGUCCCGCAAUCAGAAGAAUCUCGUUUACAACGGGCCGAGCUUCUUUAUAGAGCCGCAUACUACGCAGGGCAAAGCGACAAUCCAAACGACAUGGAAGCCAUGGCGUCAGAGUCUGGACGAGAGAGGGCUUUGCUUCUAGGCGAGUAUCACAUAGAUACGCUGCGAAGUGACUUGAUGCUUUUGAAAGCGUUCGAAUUCGCUGGGCAGUGGGAUAAGGCGAUGAUUCUUGGCGAUGCGCAAGUCAAAGCUUGCAUGAAUGCGCUUGGAGAGGAAGACGAUGUUACGAUUAUGAGUAUGGUUAAUUUGGGACAUAUCUUUUACGAGACAGGUUGUUUUGAGGAUGCUCAGGCUAUGCACUCUCGGGCGCUUGAGACUUGCAAAAGAUUGCGGAUUGAAGAUGGUCCCCGUGGGAUCGGGGCGAAAUGUGGACUAGCUUUGUCCCUUGGGAAGCAAGGUCAGUUCGAGGAGGCGGAGAGUCUUCAGGUGCAAGUGGUUUCGUCUUUGAAGAGAGUCCUCGGGGAAGAGAGCAACGAGACUAUUGCUAAUAUGCAUAAUCUUGCCAUGAUAUACGGAUGGAAAGGCAAGUUUGAAGACGCAGAGAGUGUUUACCUACAAGCCCUUGAUAUUUCCAAGAAGAUGUUGGGAGGAAAGCACUCUUCCACACCAUUCAUAAUGGGCCUUCUGGCAGCAAUAUACACCAAAAUGAGUCGCUACUCGGAGACCGAGUCACUUCUCCAAGAAUGUCUCGAGUUUCAACAAAAGAAGCUGAGCGAUUCCCAUCCAGAUACACUAUCCAGUAAGCUUCAACUGGCAAAGUUCUAUCACAGGCAAGAACGCCACUCGGAUGCCCAGCGUUUGCACGCAGACAUUCUGGAUGUCCAAGAGAUCACACUGGGCGAGGAACAUCCCGACACACUCACGAGUAUGUCCAACCUAGCCCUGACAUAUUCCCGCCAACGUCGCUACGCAGAUGCCGAGCUCCUACUCAGCGAAGUCUUUGAGCUCCGGAAGAAGAUGCUGGGCGAUGAACAUCCGGACACACUCGCGAGUAUGAACAGUCUAUCAAUUGCAUUGGUUGAUCUUGGCGAGUAUCCAGCUGCAGCGCGGCUACAGGCGCGAGCUCUGAAAAUUAGGAUCCGAGUUUUCGGUGUGGAGCAUCCUGCUACGCUUGAAAGUAUGCACAACCUUGCGUUGGCAUAUCUUGAUCAAGACCGUUAUCAAGACGCGGAGAAACUAUUCGGUCGGCUUUUGGAUAUUCAAAAGGGUGUAUUAGGAGAGAACCAUCCGGAUACAAUCGGUUCCAUGGAUAAUCUGGCUUUUGCAUGGAUGAGACUCGACAAGAAGAAAGAUGCUGUUGAGUUGAUGGAGAAAUGUGUCGAUUUGAAGACACAGGUUUUGGGUAGUGAUCAUCCGGAGACCGUCAAGUCGAGAGAUUGUCUGUUGAGCUGGCGCUCUGAGGACUUGUCAGUAGAUGCCUGA